CACCACGGACGGCGCAACCGAGAAAAUAGGCUGGACGAGCGAUCGGCUCUGAAUGGCGACACCGCCGACGGUGUCUCGUCCUAGCUUAUAAUCGAGCUGCGCCAAUCGGCCGACCAGCAGCAUGGAAAGUGUGCCUGGUGAGGAAGAGAAGCAGGGCGCCGAGAGCGGCGCCGUCGCCGCUGAAAUUCCAGACAACGAGGAGAAUAUCGAUUUUCAAUCGCCCUUCCGUCGACGCAAAGUUUUGUCGCGUGCUACAAACACAAUAUCAGCGGCAAGCAAAUUACUUCGCCAAAAAAUACCAUGCUCAGGUCAUUUGAUGACGCCGCGCAGAUUGUGGCUGCAAUCCGUGCCCACUCAGGACUGCGACAUGGUGAUGACUUUCCCAUCCGGCGCGUCCGACGUGACCCUCAUGUGGUUGUUGCAGCGUCUGCGGUCAAGCACACCAGGUCUGGUGGUGCACGUGCGGCACCACGCUUCCACCGACCGCUACGGCUUCUACCUGACAGCUUCACCCUCCUUGCUGCUGAAGGCGGCGGAAGAGUUGCACUUGGCCAAGAAAGUGAAGGGUGCGUAUGGUGGUGGGCAGAAGGAGUUCGUGCAGCACGAGUCGCACAUUUUUGAGGGAAUCGAAGAGCAGGGCUCGUUUUUCACAAGUCAGGAGCGGCAGUGGCUGGUGCUCAACCUCCUGCAGAUGCUGCGCGCCACUUCCGGAGACGAGGUGGCUGGACUUCGGCUCAUCGAGGGCCAAGCCAUUGUGCCUAAGUGUAUUUCUGCUGGAAUCAUCUCUGAAGUCUUUCCUCUGCACGACACUGAGUCUUUGAAACGCCUUCAAAAAUCCUGGGUUCGAGCCAUCUUUAAGAGACAGCCACUCGAUCAGAUCUGUGAAUAUUUCGGCGUAAAGAUUGCGAUGUAUUUUGCGUGGCUUGGACACUACAAUACUGCUCUUAUUGUGCCCGCCAUCGUGGGGUUCCUUUUCUGGGUGUUCAUCUGCGGUGGUAACCAAGCGAAAGAAGACAUUGGCUUUGUGAUUUUCUCACUGUUCAACGUGAUUUGGGCGACUGUGUACCUGGAGACGUGGAAGCGGUACAGCGCCGAGCUCGCGUACCGUUGGGGCACCCUGGACCAGCGAGACGAGUUGCUAGUUGAGCCGCGGCCUCUUUUUACUGGGACGCUGGAGAAGAGCCCAGUCACAGGCAGACUCGAGCCGCACUAUCCAGCAUGGAAACGACACGUGUUCCGUUACUUGAUCAGCAUCCCAAUCAUUGCAUUGUGUUUGGCUGUGGUAUUUGUCGUCAUGUUUCUCAUCCUCCAACUGCAGGAAUGGUGGGAUGGGAAGCUUCUGGCCAAGGGAUACCCCUUUUGUCUGAGCUACAUCCCUAAAAUUCUGCUCGCCUGCGUCAUCACAUUGAUGGACGAUUGCUACUACAAAGUGGCUCUGUGGUUGAACGACUGUGAAAAUUAUAGGCUCGAGGAAAAAUAUCAAAAUCAUCUAGUUAUUAAGCUAGUUAUGUUCCAGUUCGUGAAUUCAUUUCUAUCACUAUUUUAUAUUGCUUUCUACUUGCAAGACCAAGAAAAACUGAAAGAGCAACUUGCUGCUCUUUUGAUUGCUCGCCAAGUGAUUGGAAAUAUCAAAGAGUGCGCUCUACCGUACUUGCUGGAGCAAUUUCGCCUUGCUAAACUGAGUUUUGAGUUGUUCGGCGCUUUGAGUCCGUCCGAGGAGAACAAAAAGGAAGUUAGGGAGCCUGGAAGCAGCAAUUCUAAAGAGUCUAAAGCAUCAACCGAUGCGGAAGACGCGGAAGUUGCUGAUGAAAAAGCCGACUCAGAAACAAAAGAUGGAGACAGGAAGACAAGAAAUCUGAGUCAAGCUGAACUUGAGGGAACUCUAUUAAAGUAUGACGGUACAUUCGAGGACCAUCUUGAGAUGUUCAUUCAGUUCGGAUACGUCGUGCUUUUUUCAUCCGCAUUUCCCAUGGCAGGGCUUUGUGCAAUGCUCAACAAUUUGAUUGAAAUCAGAACAGAUGCCUUCAAAUUGUGUUUCAUAUUUCAACGACCUUUCGGCCAACGUGUUUCAAAUAUUGGAACCUGGCAGGACGCCAUGGAAGUGAUGGGAAUAAUUGCUGUUUUGGUAAACUGCGCAUUGAUAGGUCUUUCUGGCCAAGUUCAUCGCAUGUUUCCUGAAAUGUCAACGACCCAAACGAUCCUUCUUAUAGUAAUUUUAGAGCACAUAAUGCUCUCUCUGCGCUUUAUUAUAUCAUACGCAAUCCCUGACUUGCCCUCUUGGGUGGCGACAGAAAUGGCUAAAGCUGAAUUUGCACGUCGAGAAGCGUGUAGAAGGGCAUCAUCGACAGCCUCUCCUACUCACGACCUGACUGGAGAUUCCGGUCUUGUUAUUGGAAGAUUUGUGGUUUCUCCAGCCAGCGAAGAGGAUGAGCAAGAAGAGGCACCCAAAAAAGAAAUUACCCCGGAGGCGAAAAUUGACGACGAAAUAUUCCUUGCAAAGCCAACACUGCCGCAGUCUAUUUCGACAAAUCAAAUGUUGGACGAAAAGGCGAAAAGUAAACCUGAAACGCCUUCACCUGGAAGGAGCCACACGGACUCGAGCGAGUCAGAUCAUGAAAAGUCGGACAAGUCUUCUCCGCGGUCGGGCGUGACCAAAUCAAGAGAGUGGCUAAGCGAUGAAAAAAGAAGGGAUCCUUUCCCUCCUCUCAGUUCUCAGAUUCUAAACCACCACUUGACGAUUGGGCCCCACGGUGGAAUCGACUGGGUCAAACGUUUCGGCCUCGACACGGCAGCGACUAGAAAAUCCGGAAACACCAUCCAGUUGGACACUCGCGGUCGAUCUGCAAACAGCGAGUCCAGUGAGGAAACAGCCUCAAUCCGACACAGCACCGACUGCAUCUUGGCCAAAGACACUGCCGCCUCAGAUACUGACCUGCUCAGAUCAGCACCACCGUGGAUGCAGCCGAGGUCUAAAUUUAGAUUUUCCCCUGAAAAGGAUGGCACGAAGCCCCCUGGGCCAGCUGAACAAACCUUGGGCCCAGAAGUCCGACGGCCUAGCGCUCCAGCAAGCACACUGGAAAAGGUUAACGGCAGAGACGAGUUGUUGCAGCCUAGGUUAGAAGCACCUCGCGCGUCUCUCGACCCCUCAAACGCAGCUCUAGUGCCAAUGAGUGUCAAGUCGGCGCCUCCUCCACCAAGGCCAUCCACAUCAGAGGUGGUAGAGGCUUCAGGAUCUAAGCUGACGGCGGCAGAAGAAUUGGCCGCAAAAAAGAGCAGAGUCAAGAGCAGUCUUUUGAAACGGGCCCGCAGCGUGGCAAUAUUCUCCCUCAAGCUCAAAGAGCGGCGCGCCAAGGAGGCAAUGAAGGAGCAGGAAAAGGUCUCGAGUCCACCAAAAGCUUCUCAGCAGUGGACCGGACGCAACCCAGAUAGGGUCGAGGGCGAGCUGUCAUGCAUUCCUAUUGAAAAGCUCAUCUCCGUGGACGACGUGGCCAAUGAGCUAAUGCGGAAACGCACUAACACUUGACAUGGAGGCACAAACGCCUUGUCCUCCCAGGCUAGGGAAUUCAAUAUUUAAACUUAGUCUAAAUCACCACAUUUCAUAUUUUUCAGCCAUUUUUCUUCUAAAAUGUAAUUAAACGACAAAAAGUGUAUUAUCAGAGGACAAACAUAUGAAUUCAGUGGGGGAGACUUAAAUUUAGUGGCAUGCAAAAAUUGAAGCAUUUUUUUCACCACCAAACAAAUUCAAUAUAAUUCACAUUAAUAUUCAGUUAUGCUUUCACACAGUACAUGAAAAAAAAAUUGCGCCUACCGUAAAAAAUUAUUAAUUACUUGAUUCCAAUAUAAAAUCGCCAAUUCUGGAACAAAUGAAAUAGGUCAAAUUUAAAAUUUUGGUCCAAGUGGUGAAAGAUUGGCCUCUAAUUGUAAUAAGCAGUUGAUCAGUACAGUCUCCUAUACCAGUAACCUCAUCAAGAUUAUAUUUUGUCUAUAGUAACGUUGUUGGCAUGUUGGUGAGAACAUUGCUUAUUUUUAGAUUUUCAACUCGUGGUACUAAAUAGUGAUUGUGAAAGCGCGAAUAUUCAUACAUUAUGUAGUAAACGUCUAGUAGUUUUACCUAGUGCAUAAUAUUUGUGAGACAAGUCGAGCAAUAAUUAGCUGACUUAUUCACAUAUUAUUAUUAUAAUUUUUUAUAACUUUCUUAACACGCUGAAUUGGACGAGUUGUACAAUUUUUGUGAUUUUUUAAACUUAAAUUAUGCAAACGAUUUAAUUAAAAUAUUACAAUUUUUGUUCCUACCACAAUUGAACAAUUAAUUUGCAACUAAAUAUAAAUUAAAACUAUUUGCAUAGUUAAAAAAAUAUAUAAUCUAACCACAAAGAAAUCUAGUGUUUCGGUUGGUCACAUUAAUUUAAAAUCAUACAGCGUAGCCUUUGGUAAUGUUCCAAAUUUUUUAGCACACGUUUCCCUGGUUUUGCGUAAUUGAUGUUAAGAUAAUAUACACUCUCUUAGAAGUGUAUAAACUAACUAGUUUGUUAAAAACGUAAACCAUAUUACAUUGAAAGACUAGGAAAGGGACUAAACUGAAAGCAUUCUAAGUAUGUGCCGAAAACCGGCAUAAUAAAGCGUCCACCCGCCGCUGAAAGUUGAAUAAAAGUUUGAAUUAAUUGAAAAAUCGGUUCAUAAACGAAUUUUCAAGGUAAAUUUUGAAUUAUACUUGUGAUUUCGUAUUUUUAAUUUUAACGUUAACGUUUUCUAGUUAUUGGCAAAAUGCCUUGCAAUAAAAAAAUAGUGAUGAAAUGUAAACGGGCCUUGAAGUACUUGAAAUUUUUAAUUUCAAUUUUGGUUUUCUACAAAAAUCAUAAUUUUCAACUAGAUCACCUUUUCUUUUAAACAUAAGAAUCUCCUCGAGUGCCCAUUUUUUUUCAUUUGAAUUAAAAAAUGUAUAAACGUUUUUUGUUCAAAUUUAUUGCGUCAGAAAUCUGUACAAUGUUAAACAGAGAAAAGGGAGUGAUAAAUAUUGUACCACACGAGCAACGAAUUUUCUAAAAUUCGCGUAGGUGGCUCAAAAUAGUUUGAUCGUUUCAUUUUCAUUUUGUUCAUCGAAAAAGUUUCCUGCAAUUAGCAAAUGGACAGUUAUUGCUGUAUAACUUAAAAAUAAUAGUAAAAAAUAACUGAAAUUCAGCGACGAAAAAUAAUUUUGUGUAAUUGGAGAGAAAUUAUUGAAAUGCUUGAUUUUGGCAUGGUAUUGAGUUUUGAUAAGUUUUGAGGUUCUGUCCAUGCCGCAAGUCUUUCAGGUUAAUUAAUUUUCUACAUAACCUGCAUUUUCAUAGCAUAAAAUAAUUUAAAAACAAAGUUUGUUAAUAUGACAAAAAAUGUAACUCUGCAUUCGUCCUAAACUGUUUUGAGCGCCAGUGUAAUUCAAUUAAUUUGUUCUAUAUUUUUACAUGGUGCUUUUGAGUAUUGAUCACGAACUUUAAAAAUACAACACACACAUAAACAUGUAAAAUAAUAGAAUCCAUACCACUACUUCAAAAAAAUGAUAGUAAAAAAGUAAGUCGGCAUUUGAUAAAUCAAUGCUUGUUUGAAUAAUUUGAGUGCUUAUUAUCCGUAGUGCAAAUUUUAGCAGCUUUUGAAAACAAACCGUGAACUAGAAGCACAGUGCUUUAUAAAAACGAUUCAGACGAACAUGUUAAAUUGCACGCAAAUACAAUGAUUCCGCCUGUCGUGGUAAGUUUGCUGUAAUUUUCUGUGAUAUACUUUGUGUUGAGUAUUUUGAGGAAAAAGCUGCAGUGGAAUAAAUAAUCUUUUGUAUAUAAUAAGACCAAAAAAAGUUGAUAAAAAUAAGCGCUUCAUUCCAUUACAUAAAUGAAAAAUGCACCUUAAUCGGUCUAAAAAAUAAAUAACGUUUUGAUUUCGUGUGUGACACACGCAGCGUGUAUAUUAGUCUGUACGGAGCACAACACAAAGCAUGAGUUCAUAAAUGUGUACGGCCUUUAGAAUUUCUGGUGUUGCAGAUGGACUAAUUAAUUUUGCGCAGCUGUAACAUGAGAUUUACUAUAUAUAAUAUUAACGAUGUUUAACUGUGUAUUUUAUGUGCUCAAAGUGCCUAUUGCAGAAACCUGUCGUUUUGAGAAGAAUAAAUGUUGUGCAUAGCUCA